AUGCAGAUCUCUCACACAAAACUCUCUGCCGAUGAUGCAUGGAAUCUGCAGCAGGAGAGGAUGACCAAGCUGCACCGGGGCCACGAGUCCAUGCACGUGGAGAUGAUCUUGAUCUUCCUCUGCGCCCUGGUGGUUGCCCAGAUAGUUCUGGUGCAGUGGAGACAGAGGCACGGCCGGUCCUACAACUUGGUGACCUUAUUGCAGAUGUGGGUCGUCCCUGUGUAUUUCACCAUCAAACUGUACUGGUGGCGUUUUCUGUCUCUGUGGGGACUGUUCUCGGUCAUCACCAGUUACAUCCUCUUCAGAGCUACCCGAAAACCACUCUCGGGGAGAACCCCCCGAUUGGUCUACAAAUGGUUUCUUCUAAUCUACAAGCUCAGCUAUGCUUUUGGUGUUGUGGGCUAUUUGGCUAUCAUGUUCACAAUGUGUGGAUUCAAUUUAUUUUUCAAAAUCAAAGCUAGAGACUCCAUGGACUUUGGCAUUGUGUUGUUGUUCUAUGGCCUCUACUAUGGAGUAAUGGGGAGAGACUUUGCUGAGAUCUGCUCUGAUUACAUGGCCUCCACUAUAGGGUUCUACAGCAUCAGUGGGAUGCCCACAAGGAGCUUGUCCGAUGAUACCUGUGCCGUCUGCGGGCAAAAGAUCAUCGUGGAUCUCGAUGAGGAAGGACUCAUUGAAAACACCUACCAGCUGGCGUGCCAUCAUGUCUUUCAUGAAUUCUGCAUUCGAGGGUGGUGCAUCGUUGGGAAAAAGCAGACUUGCCCUUACUGCAAAGAGAAGGUUGAUUUGAAGAGGAUGAUCAGUAACCCCUGGGAGCGCACACAUUUUCUGUAUGGACAAAUCCUGGACUGGCUUCGUUAUUUAGUGGCCUGGCAACCUGUAGUGAUAGGAAUAGUCCAAGGCAUUAACUAUUCUCUGGGGCUGGAAUAG